AUGUUAAACGAGUGUUCACUUUGUCUCGUAUUAUUCCUUUCAGUAUGGAUCUUUACAUUAAGCAUAGAAGCUAAGGGACCCGCGAAUGAGGUCCGACAGCUCACAGGAGUUCGCUUUCUUGUCACUGUCAAUGACACAUGGGCGGAGACUCCGGGGUGCAUAACAACAGUGGCUACAUCUAUGAUUGCACCUGAUAUACCAUUCAACAAAUCGAAAUCGAUCACGGUUGGCGACUGCGACCAUGGUCCAUUACAGUACACAUUUGCAAGCCCAGGCAAAGAUGGAAACAAAUAUACGGUGUCUUUAAUCUUCCAUUCGUCUGUUAUCGAGGACGCAAGCCCUCCCACAUGUGACCUCUCUUGGAACGGUACCUACCUCGUUCCAACCACAACACGACCGUGGGAAGAGCUGCUUCCGUCUUGCUUCACGAUGGACUCACGGGAAGGCAACUAUAUGACGUACUACUGGUUCCAUCUCCUGGAAUGGGAGUUUGAGUGAACAUUAACUUCUCAAUAUAUUGUAGCUUGAUUCAGAAAUAUGAUUCUAUACUUAUCUAGAAUUGCAUUUGCCA